CGCGAUGGGGAAAAGAGAGGGAGAUGAGCAGUGAUAAAACUGAAGGUAACGGGGGAACCAGACUCUUGGGAUGCUCCAACUUUAUUGAAGCAAGCUGGUUUGUGUGUAUCGCUGCAGAGCCAACGCUCAGAGUGAGAGGCCAGAAGACUUCACAGCCUCCAACCCGGUUCGGAUUCUGUGUCAGCCGGCCAAUUGACAUUUUCACUGAGGUGUAGCUGGGUAACCACCACCUUUGCUCUCCAUAUAAGAACUUCCUGUCUGCUGUUACAGGAACCUGUCAUCUUGGUGCACACUACCCGUCCCCUCCAGAGACAUUUCACCCGCUCCACUAUUAAAUGAGGAUUGCCCAAAUCAUUUAAUGCCCUAUGGCAAGUGAGAAAUCCUUGGUUGAAGAGUUGAUGAUCCUGUUACUAAAGUGAGGUGCUCUAGACAUAUUUCUGAAGACUUGUCGUGGCCAUUCACGGAGUAAAAACACCACCAAAGCCCAAAAACACCUAAAGAUCAUCUUCAUUGAGAAUUAUGCCCUUUCCAUCUCCUCUCUCUUCACCCUGCUCUGUGUUUUUCAUUGGACUGCUGCUUCUCGUCUACUGGGGGCCGUCACAGGUCAGUUGCCAGAAUGACACUGAGCCCAUUGUGUUAGAGGGAAAGUGUCUGGUGGUGUGCGACUCCACCCCCUCUGCAGAGCCAUCUGGUAAUGCUCUGGGCAUGUCGGUGAGGUCAGGAACUGGACGAGUGGCGUUCUCAGCCAUCCGAAACACCAACCAUGAACCUUCAGAGAUGAGCAACCGCACCAUGACUAUCUACUUUGACCAGAUCUUGGUCAAUGUUGGCAGCCAUUUUGAUCCAGCUAGGAGUAUCUUUGUAGCGCCCAGAAAAGGAGUCUACAGUUUCAGCUUCCAUGUUGUGAAAGUUUACAACCGACAGACAAUACAAGUGAGUUUAGUUCUCAACGGCUGGGCGGUGAUCUCCGGCCUUUCAGGGGACCAGGAUGUGACCAGGGAGGCAGCCACCAAUGCCGGGCUGGUGAUGAUGGAGAGAGGUGACAAGGCUUACCUCAAACUGGAGAGAGGGAAUCUGAUGGGAGGGUGGAAGUAUUCUACUUUCUCCGGGUUUCUAGUGUUUCCCUUAUAGAGAGGGCAACACCUAUUAAAGAAGGCAGGGUAUAAAAUAAAGGGGUAAAGUUUUACUUUAAGUCCUUGACAUAAAGAAAGAACAUCAAUGGAUAUACAUCAAACUCCACACUGAAGCUGGGAACCAUAUUAAACUGCUUGGAUACAUCUUCAUAUGUAUCAGAUGAAUGAUGGGUGAAUUCACUUUACACCAAAAAAUCUUGAAUGUCCUUUCCAUUUCUACUGCACUUUUAUGGCUUAUAGUCUACUGUCUUACCAUUGUAACAUCAUCUGUGCUUGCUUAACCCAGGGGUCGGUCUGUUGGAGCUUUGUGCUCUUCUUUUAAUGCAUGAAAUAUGGAGUGGCAAACUUUUGUGGCAAUAAAGAAAAUUAUUGUAUUAUUCUCUGAUUCUCUCUCUCUCUCUCUCUCUCUCUCGCUCUCUCUCGAAGAUGAAUAUAAUGUUAUGAGACAUGGUAUCUGUUAGCUAGCUAACAAAACCUGUUUUAAAUGUUAAAUGCAUAUAAAUUUAUAUUUGAAAACAACAAAAUGCUUUUUGCUUUU